GUAUGUACACGCUCAAAUUCGUGAGAGGUAAUGUUAUUACGCUCUUGUGCUAGUGAACUUGAUAUCUAUUAAAUCUGUUUUUAGUGCUAAACAUACGUUCAAGUAAUUGACUUGUGAGUACAUUUUUAUCCGAAAAAUUAGACUAUGUGAGUCAUGUAGAAAAUCGGACGAUCUCUGAAGUGGAAUUCGAUUUUAAAGAGAUUAAAUGACAAGUAACGUGUGUAAACCAUCACCUCAACGUCAUCGGUAGGAGCCGGAUACGCAUAUUACUUUUAAACAUUACAGCAGUGGAUUAUUUUGGAUAUUAAACAGAUCUUAGUGUCCCAAAGGAAGUACUUGCUGUGUAGAUUCGUGUCGAAAUUAAGUUAAGAUUGACUUAAGUUAUUUUGUUUACCAAUGUUCUGACAGCUGCAUUUUAUUCAGAUCUAGAGUGUUUCGAAGUGUAAAAUCGUUAUUUUUGUGGAUUUGCUCGAUUUUAGGGGCAAGAAAAUAGCUAAUGUUACACAACAGCGUUGUGACGCGCUGUUUUUGUUGACAGGCUAUCAAAAGUCUAUAGUAGUGUGGUCGCAGCGACUGAUCUGAAAUUUACCAAUGUUAACUGCAAUGCCAAUGGUUGGUGGAUAUUAUGGGCCCAAUGGAAAUGAACUCUAUGCUCCUGGUCCUGAUGGAUACGGAGAAUAUUGUUACGGAGUUCAAGAUAUGUGUAACCAUAUGCCUUGCACUUUCCAUGGGGCUCCAGGCUUACGGAUGGUUCAGAACAACAGUACAACCCCCGUGCACGUCCAACUUCCAAUGCACACUAGCCCUCUUAUACAUCAAUAUAUGGACGAGACUGGUAACUUCAGGCAGUAUUAUUAUGGGCCUAUGUCAGUGCCAGUCGGACCACAUUAUAGCCCGAAUCAUGCGUCAACAGGUGCGCUAGCUACUCCUCAAUAUUAUCCAUAUCCCACUGCACCCUAUGGACCUCCUCAAUUUCAACCUCAGCCACCUAGUCAUUUGCAGCCUGCCCUAAAUCCACAGAAUGUCCAUGGGAUUUUGCAGCACCCUUCACCUUGCAAUGGGCAACCACCACAAGAUGGUUCACCUCCUCCUAAUCAACUUGCUCUAACCCAGAAAGAUGAAAAAUUUCAACGCCCCACUUACAAGUUUCGGAGAAAAUCAGAUAGUCGGUCUAAAGACAAACUAAUGAUUCUGCCAAAUCAAACGAAUUCCUUAAUCAAUAAAAGAGAAAAAAGAAAAUACCGGGACAAAUAUGAUGAUUCCUAUUGCAUGAAUGGAAGUUCUGCAUCAGGGAGCAAUGCAUCUGAAGAUGAAGAAGUUACUUGGUUAUACACCGAAUAUCUUUCAAAUUUGAAAGCGCCAGUAGUAACAGAAUUAUCUCCUUUUAACGUAAUGGUUCGUUGGAAACCUCCCGACUUACCUGCUAUCGAUAUAGAUCCUGCACUUUGUACGAGCAUACAACAGGGGGAGGUGAUGUAUGAAGUAAUGAUUUCCGAACAAAGGAAAGAAGGACGUUAUAAAUCUGUAUAUAGUGGCAUGGACCAUCACUGCAAUAUAACCUCUCUUAAACCAGACACAGAAUAUUUUCUCUGUGUCCAAGCCUUACUUGAUGAUAUUCGUGGAGGUGAUCCAAAAGUUGUGGAAUUCAAAACGCCACCAGCUGAGCUUGAAACACCUCAACCUCCCAGACUCUAUUCCAGAACAAAAAAUAGUCUUACUUUGACGUGGCAUGCUGCCAAUGAAAUUGCAAGCUCCAAAGUAAAGAAUUAUUUGUUAGAAUAUGACGAGGGUUAUAGUAAUAAUAGUUUUGUCCUCAUCUAUUCUGGUCCAUUGAAACAGUAUAAGGUUACAAAGCUAUCUCCUGCAACAGGGUAUAAAUUUCGUUUGGCUGCUGUCAGUGACAAAGGCAAAAGUUCGUACAGUGAAACUUGCUGUUAUUUUACAAGUGGCAAUGCUCCUAGUCAACCUUCUCCUCCUGUACUGAAACAGGCUUUCAUCAACAGGCUCCAUCUGGAAUGGGAAAAAAGACCUUUUGAUGAUGACUUUAGUUUAGAAAUUGAAGAUGAAAAUAAUAGGCAUGGAUUUUUCACUGCCUAUAAUGGAAGAGAAGCAAAUUUUAUUUGUUGUGGCCUUAGAGGAAAUACAGAAUACAAGUUUAGGUUGUGUGCCAGUAAUGAAGAAGGCACUAGUCCUUGGAGCAAAGUUGUAAUAUAUUGUACCCUACCUGAUAAACUAAGCUGUCCCGGUAAACCUAUUUCCAAAGGUCGAAUUCAUGCUUCCUGUUUUCGAGUCACUUGGGAAACCCCAAAAGACUACAAACAGACUAGCAUCACUAAAUAUAUUUUGGAAGUGGAUCGUGGUUUUGGAUUUGAAGCAGUAUAUACUGGUCCUGAUACUGAAUACUUCCUUGAAAACCUUCUUCCUGGUACCACAUAUAAAGUCAGAGUAGCUUGCAUCAGUUCUGCUGGACAUAGUCCUUACUCAGAAGUGAACAGCCUUACUACUGCUGCUGUGAAUCCGGGUAAAUGUGCAUUGCCAAAGCUUCAGAGCAAACCUGAAGCCUCCUUUGUCUGCCUUGACUGGGCUCAUCCUGAGCAUGAUGGUGGAUCUGCUGUUUCAGAAUAUGAAGUAGAUAUGACUAGUCCAGAUAAUGUCACGCAACAGGUGUAUAAAGGGCCUGAAACGUCAUGCAUUGUCAAUGGUCUUCUCCCUGGGAGACCUUACCUGUUUCAAGUUCGAGCUUAUAAUAGAGCAGGGGCAGGGCCUUUCUCAGAUCCUUUGGAAGUGGUAAGUGGAGCUGGACCCCCUGAUGCUCCCCGCAACCUAUUAGCUACCUGUGAUUCUCCAAAUAGCUGUGUGGUAUCUUGGGAAGAACCAUUGAAUAAUGGUGCUGCUAUAACUGGCUAUCAACUUCAGUGGAGCACUGAAGAUGAUGAAGAAAGUUUCAGUGAGAUUUAUGAGGGUAUUAGUCUAAAAUAUGAAAUUCAAGGUCUAAUGCCAGCAACUCCUUAUUAUUUUAAAGUCAGGGCUCUCAAUGAAGCCGGACAUGGGCCAAACAGUGAUAUUGUGAUUUGUAUGACUCCUGCUUCAGUGCCUGGUGUGAUAUCUUCUAUCAAUGUGACGCCCUUAUCCAAUGCUCUCUGUUUGUCCUGGUCUGAGGCACCAUCAAAUGGAUCAGAAAUCACAAGCUACAAUGUGGAAUUAGAUGAUGUUUUGUAUAACACAGAAGAAAAUGUUCUUGAGCUUUGUAUAGAAGAGUUAUCUCCAGAAACAACUUAUAGGAUUCGAAUGCAGGCAAUCAACAGCGUUGGUGAGGGUCCUUUUAGUGAGCCUUUUGAAGCAACUACUCUCAAGUCACCGCCAAAGCCCCCUACAUUGGAAUGCUUGGUUGUUAGUCAUAAUUUUCUGAGGCUGAAAUGGGGCGAAGGCAGGAAUGAAGAAUCUCUGUAUUUCACCCUUGAGAUGUCCAGUAAAUCUAAGAGCUUUGUGCCAAUUUAUCACGGACCUGGACAGAGUUAUAAAGUUAGCAGGCUACAAGAAAAUACCUCUUUCCAAUUUCGUAUUUGUGCUUCGAGCGAAUCUGGUCAAGGUCCUUAUUCUCCUGUGUAUAGUUUUCAGACAAGUCUAGCCCCACCCCCUUCAUUAAAAGCUGUUAAAGUUCUUAGUGUUACUGAAAAUUCCUGUCAGAUUGAAUGGUCAGGAGCAAAACCACUGCCAGGUUGCAUCUGUUCAUACCAGGUACACCUAGCAUCUCCUUGUGGUGACAAUGUAAUUGUAUAUCAGGGAAGUGAUACCAGAUACACCAUUGAUAAUCUUGAGCCCAGCACCCAAUACACAGUAAAAGUGACACCUGUGCGUCACUUUGAAGAGCGAGACCUGGUGGGAAGUUGUAGUCCAUCUGUUGCCUUUAUCACUCAGAAUGCAAAUGUGCAACCUCAGGCUCUCGUGGCUGUUCACCAGACUAUCCCCUAUAGUGAAAGAAGGACAUCUAAUGAUAGGCAAUUGGCCGUCGGUCUAGUUAUCGCAUUUAGUCUCUUUUCCGGUCUUGUUGCAAUGUUCUUGGAACAUGUCUUUUGCCUGAGCACACCUUCAUAAUUCGCAGUUUUGCAGACUGACCAGUUCUGUUGCUCAUUCCUGGUGCUUGACACUCUCGACGACACUGUUUGAAAUCGGAGCAAUUGCAUUAUUUCCAUUCUUUGACUGGGUUUCUCGAUGUUGCAAAAGUAUCUUUCCUUAUUUCUGUGUUUACUUUCACUUUAUGAAGAAGAUUGCUUUUUUUUUACAACGUGAGUUAAUCGACUCAAUAUUAAACUCUGUUCCAAGUUGUUCAACUGCAGUUUGAGGAGUUAACAUCUUGCCAUAAAUUGCUUUCUUACCUUUUGAAACUUGAGAAUUAUAUAAAUAUACAUAUAUAUAUACAUACAUAUAUAUAAUUAUAUAUUUUUUAUAUUUUAUCCUACUUGUAAGUAUCUGAUUUGUUGUUCAUAAGCAAUUCUUUGUAAUUUUUGUUUGCAAAAUUGAUUUUUAUAUGUUUAUAAUUGAUUAAAUAUAUUAGUGAUGUCCAAGCCUCUUUGAAACUUGUUUUUAAUUUAUAAAUCUUUUAGUUUUAAUGUAUAGGUUAUAGAUUUAAUUAAAUAUUUAAUUUUGCAUUUUUUUUAUUUUGUAUAACUUACAAUGCAAUUGUAUACCUGUGACUUAAAAGUAGAUUUUCUAAAGAUAUUAUAUAGUAUUUAUUUUUUCCUGUUAACAGUACGUAAAAAGUUUUCUUUAUACAUAACAUGCUUUGUUUUAUUUGAAUAAGGAAUAAUUAUUUCUUAAUUUAUGCACCAGAAAAAUUCCAGUGUUUGAAAAAGUUUUGUACUCCCCGGACUUUUUCAGAAUAUUUGUAGUGCUUUAUCUACAUUUUUGAUGACACUUAUACAGUUAUAGCAUUAGAAUUUUGUCUUAUAGCUGGUAAUCACUAAUAUAUGAAGAUUUUAAAACUUCCUUGUAAAUUAUGUGCAUUGGGGCAAUUACACAAAUAAACAACGCCAAUUAUCAAAUGGCGUGUUUACGAGCUUAGGGUAUUUCAUAUUUCAAAGUGUUUUCAUGGGAAAUUAGGCGAAUGUUUGUUCUUGAAAAUUUACUUUAUGAUAUAAAUAUAUAUAUAUAUAAACUAGCAAUUAUUAUAUAUUAUGUUGUUUUUAUUACAACUAAGUCUGUUAUUUAUGCCACACGUUGUUAUUGCUUUCUACAUGCUGCUGUAUGCUCGUAUGAAAAAUUGCUGUUUGCAUGUGAAGUGAUUGUAUUUAUGAAUUAUAUAAAUAGUAUUGGUAUUGCAUGUUUUUAGAGCUAUUGUUGAAUCGCAAUUGUAGACAUGUGUAACAAUUUACACUGAAAAUCAACUUUAUUAUUGAAAAUUAAUUUUGCAUUUGUUGCUAUGUAUUUACCAAUCACUGACAAAUAUAGCGUGUAUAAAUUGUUUUACUGUUACAAAUGAGUUUUAUUAAGUAUUAAUGUUCCUAAAUUGUACAAUUUUUCUGCCAAAUGAGCAAAAAUGACUUUUAUAUCUUGGUUUUCUCACCCUAAAUAAAGAUUUUUAUCUUACAUUAUUCUUUUGCUUUAAGAAGCUGCAUUCAGAUUUCGUUUUAUUUAUCAUUCUUUUUGGGAAUAUGCAGUCUUGAAAGCCAAAAAUUUAUUUUAUAUUCUACAACAAUUGAGCUUUUAUUAGAGUUAUGAUUGGCAUUUUAAAAAUAAAUUUGAAAUUAGAAGACUAUGUAGGAGGCAUAUGAAAUUUAGUAAUAUGGUGAUAAUCGUAAAAAUGUUUUUAGCCCUAGUCUUUCGAACAAAAACAUUUAAAACCAUGGGGAAACUUGACUUUCUUUAAGAGAAAAAAGAUUUUUAUCUUUUGAAAUGUCUUGGUAAUCUCAAAACCGUUUCAGCUGUUAACUUCCUUGUAUACUAAAGAUAAAAUUAGCAUAGAAAAAAAAAAUAUUUAAAACCAUAAAAAUACUUAUCUGGUGCAUAUAGUUGUGCCUUCUUGGCUUUAACUUGGCAAUGGAGUUUUUGUAAAUUUAGAAUUCAAGCAUCAUUUGCAAAGAAACUGCAUUUUCCGUCCAUUCUUUAAACUAUCAAAUGUGUAAUCAGACCUUGUAAUCUUGCAGAUAGUUUUAAAAUAUUCUUCUUUCAUCAGUAAUGAUUUCAAAAUAUUUCCAUAAGAUUUGAUAUCACACUAGUUUAAUAUUCCCAAUAUCUUCAAAAGAGAUUUUUCGUAAUCUUUCCAUUGUUGUUCAUCCCUGACGUGCAUUCAUAAUACUUUAUGUUAUGAUAAUAAACUUUCGAUUUUUGUAAUACGUUAAACUUUUAAAUAAUUUUAUGAAAAUUUUAUUUUUUCACAAGUUAUUUUAUCCUACAAUUUAACAGCAUAAAUUGUGUACUUAAAAAAAAAAAUGGCCGGGGGGGGGGGGGGGGGGGGGGGGGGUCUGGCAUAGUAUUAUUUAUGCCUUAAGUUAAAAGAAGUUGGAUCUUUUGUUUAUAAACAAACAGAGGCCUUGAGUUUCUUUAAAAAUGAAAACGUUUUCAAAAUUUUGAAACUUUUUGAAUGGUUUGAUAGAAUUAUUGUCGGGACACAUAAUGAAUUGAGUGUAUUCCUAAUAUUUUAUCUAAUUUGUCAUUUUUGGUCUGAAGCUCUUAGAAGUUUUAAAAUAUAUAAUUCAAUCCAAAAUGUUUGUUCUAUCACAUUAAAGAGUUAAAUUAUGUAAAAACACUGCCUUGAUAUUUCUAGAAAAGUAGAAACAACCUGCCUCCUACAAAAUUAAAAAAUGUGUUCCAAACAGAAUUUAAAAUUUACAAGAAAAGAAUAAUCAUUCUUGGCCUUCAUACUUUUCCUUAACUUCAGUUAAUAGAUUUUCAAAUAAUUCUGUAGAGCAUAUUUUUGUAACGAUACUGAAUGUAUUCAUUCAUUUUGCUAUGUUAAAUACUGGGAAGGAACUGAAGUUAAAAUUUGAACAUUUUAAUUAUUUGAAAUUAAGAAUAUAAAUGCAUAGAAUAACUAAAGCUUUCAUGCUUUUGAAAGGGAAAAAAAUGUUAUCAAGAUUUUUACCACAAAAUUCUAGUAUUAAAAUUCAUUGCUAUUUUAAAUGAUUUUUGUUGCGUUUUUUAAUCUGAACAUAUUUGAAAUGUUUGAUAUUUUCAGUCAUAAGGACAAGUAUAUUAUGUUUUUAGUGCAUUGGAAUAAAACAGAACUUACAUAAAUAUGUGGAUAUGUCGUUGUUGAAGUUUUCAUAGUGCAAUUAUUUUUUAUGGUUUUGAGUUAAGCAACAUUUUUCAUUGCUCAAUUGCCUUUAUUUAUUUAUUUUUUUAUUGCUUAGUUCUUCGUCUUUAAUAUACAAUUUCUCACAUUUUGGGCAUUUAAAAAAAACAUUGGCCAAAAAUUAUGUUAUGUAAAAACACAAACAUUUCAAUGAAAAUUUUUUCAGUCUUAUGCAACCAUGGAUUUAUAGUUUAGGAGCCCCUUAGUGAUGAACAGAACUAUGUAAAAUAUUUUUCCUUUUUGGAUUCCCUUCGGGGUCUCUGGCACUUGCAAUAUGGUAAAUCCGCCGUAGAUCUUAUGCACACAAAUAACUAAAAUUUUUAAACGAAAUUUCUAGAAAGUAAUUUUAAUAUUUUCUUAGUAAGAAAAAUAAAACUUCAUUGUUAUAUUCAUUAAAAAAAUUGUUAUGGUGCAUUCGCAAUCAAAACAAUCAAUAUGGGUACUGUUGUUAACAUUUUGUUACAAAACAUUGCUAAUAUACAUGUUUCUUUACAAGCGGGUUUUGUUGGUAUUUAUAUUGGCUAUAUUAAUACAGUAUUGAAAAUCAAAUAUUCCUUGUAUUAAUAUAUUUGCAUUUGUUACAUAGCACUGAUAAGUUAUUGGGCAUUGUUGAAUCAUUAAUGCAUAGUAUGUGAAUGUUUCGUAAAGUUAGUCAUUGUAAAUUGAGGAUGUGUUUAAAAUGCUAUAAAAGAACUUGAAUGCUUGUGUCCUAAAGAAUCUUUAAUAUACAUACAUGAAUAUGAGUGUAUCAAUCUUAAAAUUCUAUUUUGCUAUGUGUAUGUAAUUAAACUAUGUAAGUUUAUGUGAACACUUGUUUGAUAGGCGUAAUGUAAAUCUGAUGCCUUUGGCCGUAUAAGUAACUUUUGUACUGCAUACAUAUAUAUAUAUAAAUAUCAUUGCAUUCAGACGAUCAGCCAUAAUAGAAAUGUGUUAGAAAUAAAUUCUAAUAGUCAUGGUAUUCAAUUUCAGAAAUAUCUAUUAUUUAAAUCAGAUUUAUAUUUCCAACCAAUUUGUAUAGUGUGCAUGAAAACACACCUAACUUUAGUUGUACUUUAAUCAUAAAACAUCAUUUUUAUAAUUUUAGUCAAUAUAUACUUUUAAACUUAUGGAAAAAGUGGUAUAUUAUCGAUCAAACCAACUAUUGUCAAAUAAAAUUGUUUU